GUAGGAUAACUCCGCCCUGGUCCAAGUGACGUUUCAAUAGAAUGUCGCCAAUUCCCCUCAGUUGUAGAAAUGGCAGCGCUUAGACAGGAGCAUCGGUAUGGGCUCUCAUGUGUUAAAAUCAACAAAAUCGCCUCCAACAAAACUCUUUAUCACGUCAAACUGACUGACACUGCAAUCCGGACUCUCGAAGCGUACCAGAAUUUAAAGGAAUCACUUCCAAACCAGCCAGCGAUCUGCUUUAAGGGAAACCAAGGGUACAUUAAGAUCCCAGCGUCCACCGCUGAGACGCCCGACGCACUCCGAGUCUUCUCCUUCUACCUGUCCAGCGACAGCAAAGACAAACCUCAGGCCAGCUUUGACUGCAUUCACCAAUAUGUCUCAGGGGAGGGGCGUGAGCUGCUGGCCGGUAAGGGCAGCAUCCAGGACAAGAUCACGGUGUGUGCCACGGACGACUCCUAUCAGAUGACCCGCGAGCGAAUGUCCCAGGUGGAGAAGGACAUCUGGAGCCGCGCAGCCAUCGAGAUCAAGCCAGGUCCCAGUAAAUGUGUGAAGGUCCAGAGGAAGCAGGGCAGCGCGGUUUCAGGCUUGGACGGCAGCAACAGGCAGUCCCCGAGCAACAAGAGGAGCGCGGCCCCAAGCUCGGUGGCCCACCGGCCCCUGAGGGAACGCAUCAUUCACCUCCUGGCCUUAAAGCCCUACAGGAAACCCGAUCUGCUCCUGUGGUUGGAGAGGGAGCGGGCCAGCCUUAAGGACAAAGCAGACCUGACCUCCGUGCUGGAGGAGAUUGCUAAACUUAACCCCAAGGACCUGAGCUACACGUUGAAGGAGGAGCAUUACAGGCACGUCCAGCGCGAUUGGCCGGGCUUCGUAGAGGAGGAGAAGCAGCUCAUCCACAGGCUCCUGGCCAGGAAGCUCCCACCCCUCCAUGGCAACCAGGUAAAGAGCCUGCAGUCCAACCCUUCAUUGCACAAAGCGCCUGGGGAUUCCCCGUCGCAGCUCAGCCCUGCCAAACACCUCUCUGUGAAACGCCCUUUGCCUUCUGACUCUCAGGUCCUCUGUCAGACGCCCAAGAAGCAGAGACUAUUGGACCACGUUUUGCCUUUGCAGUCCCCGUCUAACGGGGAGGUCGGGCCUGGGAAGUCCCGUAGCUCUGCGGCUCCAGGGAACACCAGCGUACAGACCAAUACAGAGUUUGAAAGGACCCACAGUCACGCCCAGGGGAGCCCCACCGGCCCCUACCUGAGACCCACCCUAAGCCAACCCUCUGCGGCCCCCAGCCCCCAGCGGGCCGAGCGGGCCCCCCCGGCGCCCAGUCCCCGGGCCCCUCAGGCUAACGUCUCUGUCUGCGCGGAGCAGCGGCUCAUCAACGGCCUGCAGAGAAAGAAGAAAUCCAAAAAGCACAAGGACAAGGAGCGAGAGCGCUUGAAACCAAACUGGAUCGAGACCAGCCCAGACCAGAAGCAGAAUCAAGAGAACAUCAACGACCAAGAGGGGGACAGCACAUCUGUUACUCACGCCUCUGACGAGGAACUGCCCGACUAUUUAAUUAAAUACAGAGCCAUAGCAGCAUUGGAACAGCGCCAACAAUAUAAGGACGACUUCUGUGCGGAGUACGAUGAAUACAGAUCCCUUCAUGAGCGCAUCGGCACUGUAACAGAGAUGUUUGUUCAGUUGGGCUCCAAGAUCAACACACUCUCCCCAGGCACACAGGAGUACAAGCUCAUGGAAGACCAAAUAUUACAAAAAUAUAAAAAGUAUAAGAAGAAGUUUCCCGGUUAUCGGGAAGAAAAGAAACGAUGUGAGUACCUGCAUCAGAAACUUUCUCAUAUCAAAGGCCUGAUUCUGGAUUACGACCAAACACAGACUCCCACCUAGCAACUGGCAUUUGUCCUAGCUGCUGAGUGUAAUCCUCUUGGGCCAAAUUGCUCCAUAUGGACCAAUAGACUGUCAGGCCAUGGGGCCGGGAGAACUUGGAUGAGGCUUGUGUUACUUCACCAAGUGUUAAUUACAUCAACGAGAAGUUUGGUGUCAAACACUUUUUAUUUUUAAUUGGACCAAGACCACAAGCUUCUUAUCAAACGAUGUCCCCUGAGAAAAUGUUUUUGGAGUUGAUCUUUGAUGCAGUCGCUGGGUAUUUUCAAGCUGUAAAACGGUUAGAUUACUGUGAAAGCCAAAUGCAUUAUUAUGUUUUCCCGUGCAACAUAAUUAUAAACAAUCCUGCUGAAUUAAUUUGAUGCUCGGCCCUCCUCCUACGGAAUUAAAGUGAUCUUGAUUGUACAAUCAUAAGGGAAAAAUAAAUGCUGCAAUAUAAUUCCAAACAAGAAGGUUAUUGGCAGUGUUAGACCAUAAACCUUGAAAAAUAUGAGUUAAAAUCCAUAUGUGAAAAUAAUGAAAUGCUAUGUAAUAAUAACAUAACAAAAGACUUAUCAUGUCAAAAGCAGUCUAUUAUUUGCCACAUAUAAAAGGAAUCGACCACUUCAGACGCUAGAGGGAAGUGCCAUCUGUGCAUAAACUAUGCAUUUGAAAUGCAUACAUUUAUGUCAAGCAAUGCAAUAUAUCCUAACAGGCCAUGGUACUUUUCACACCAGUAUUGCCAUCCUUCCAAAGCAUAUUGGACUGCAAGCACUCCUCUGAAUAAACCUGUCGGUUUAUAGGCCUGCGCUUGUCAGGACCAACGUUUAUUGGAUCGACAACUAGCAUACCGGAAAUUGCCUUUACACCAUGUCAUGUAAACAAAUCCUUGAUGCAGUGCCAUGGAAGUAUCAUUUUGUAAACGCUGAAACGGCAGUCCAUUGCUGCUGUGGAUGAAUGGAUUUUGUAAUAAUGUCCAAAUGCCUUUUUUUUAAGCUUACAGGGUAUUACACGCAUGAUCAUCUCAGUGUUUUGGUUCUUUUUGGUUUUUCUAUCUUUAUUGUGUAUUUGUGUGGGGUAAUACAAGUUAGUUCUAUAAUGUAAUUCGGUGAAUGUUAUAUUUUGACAUUGCACUACUCAAUGUGGUCUUACGCCUUCUGAAAUGGAUUGUUUCAUGUGAAUUUGUUACAUAUAUGUGUGCAGGUACAUUCCCAUUAUUCAGGUAUAUUUGCAGGCGGUUGGAAAUGUCAAUGUCUGUUGACAAAAUUGGAAUCAGUCGUUAAACCGCUGUGAUUUCAUCAUAGAAUCUGUAAUAAUGCCUGAUACACAAUUCUGGACCGCCGAUACCCCAUUGUGCAACUGUUCGUUUUGUGAAGUUUAAAUUAUUUGUUUGAAUGUUCUUUUGUUUUGUUUAAUGCAAAUAUGAAUCAAGCCAAUUGUUUGUUUUUUUGUGCUGCACUUUUUUUGCCACAAUUUUCUCUUCAUAAAGGUCUUACUUGUUUUGUGUUUUAAAACAAAUUUGUUUUCUUACGUCAUAAAUUAUAUGAAAGAAAUACAUAAAAUGACUAAUUCACU